CAGCAGCAGACUGAUGAUCCCUCCUCCUCCUCCUCUGCACCGUCACUGGUUUCCCUGGAAGCCGAGAGAAACCAGUCGGACGUUCCCGUGCCUCCGGUUCACUCGCUGCAGAACUCUGACGCACGCACACAGGAGGAAUGCGUGGCAAAACACGGAGUUUGUUUGGAUUUCCACAGAGGAAGAGUGUCUUUUAACAAGUGCAUUUCAACUCCUGGCGUGGUAGCUCCCUCCUGGAGCCGAUAAGGGAGGUAGACAUGUCCCACCAGCAGCGGGUUGUCCAGCUCGCCGCCGCCUCGCUCGCAGUAAUCCUCGGCCCGGACGAGGAGAGUUUGCGCGCCGGCGGAGGGAAACUUAACGCCAAUACUGUGACCGGACAGGAGAUUUUUGCGGACUUUAGGGCGCAAAACUUGCGCAGUUUCUGGAAUAAGAGACUCGUUAAGGCUAUAGCUGAAGUAUACUUUCAGGGAUGGAUGGAGAAUUUUGUGCUUUUCAUUCACGGGAAUGCAAACAACCUGGAGGUGCUGAGAGAAGCGUGGAUGCGCAGAGCUCUGAGGUCACCGAAGGGAUUUAUCAUCAAAGCUGUCGGUGAUCUGUCACCAGUGCAGAUGUCCGCUGUCCCACAGUCCCAGUUCAUUCCCUUGUCAGAGGUGUUGUGCUCUGUCAUCUCGGACAUGAACUCCUCUCAAAUCAUCGUCAACCAGGAGGCUCUUGUGAAUUACAUGAGCAAAGCCCAUCCAGGGAUAACCAUCCCCACUCAGGACAUCCUCUACAAUGCUCUUGGAACUCUGAUAAAAGAGCGCAAAAUUUACCACACAGGCGAGGGUUACUUCAUCGUCACACCUCAGACCUAUUUCAUUACCAACAACAUGGUCCGAGAGAAGAACUUGUGGGCCUCUGGGUCAGCAGACGACCUUCCUUCCCCUCCUCCCAUCACUUACCUAUUGAGCAAUGAUGCUUGUGUUGAGAGCACUCAAACUCCACCGGUUGCACAUUGCAAGUCUUGCAGCUGCUUCAGUCCUCUUCAAACAUCAACUAAUAUCCCCUCCACCACGGUGACAGCAACCAUCCCUCCCUCUACUGUCCCAGACCAGCACUCUGUCUCUGUUUCCAUGAGUGAAUGUACAGGCAAGAGUUUGAAGUGGCCGCGACCAUUAGAUCACAAACCCACAGUGCAACAUCAGUCCACCUCCACAGCUGCAGAUUGCCAAGCGAGUGAGAUCAGCAAAACUACAGGCACUACUAAUGCCACCGGUCGCAAAGAAAAAGACAACAAACCAGGGAGGAAGUUUGGUCUCAGUUUGUUCAGGAGGAAUGGAGGUAAAAAGGAGAAGCCGAAGAAGGAGUAUGCGUCAUUCUCAGGUCAGUUUCCUCCAGAAGAGUGGCCAGUGAGAGACGAAGACGACCUCAACAACUUACCCCGGGAUCUGGAGCAUGCCAUCAUCAAAAGGAUCAACCCUGAACUGACCGUGGACAACCUGACACGCCACACGGUCUUAAUGAAGAAGCUGGAGGAGAGGAAAGAGAGAGGGAUGGACAGAGUGUUGGAUAGGGGUCUCGAAAAGGACGAUAAGGGAGUGGACAAAGGAAUGUCUACUGAGAUCCUUACCUUCUCUAAACCGAGGCAUCAUCACUCAUCCAAGACAGGAGCAGGGAAACGAUCUGCUCAGAAGGCCUCUCGCAGCAAAAGGAGGGCCCAUUCCUCCAGGGAGAAACAAAGAGAAAGGGAGAAGGAGAGGGUUAAGAGUAAGGCCCCUAUAUGUGUGGAUGAUUAUCCAGAGGGGGAGGAUUUGAUCCCGUCUCGGCUCAGAGUGGAAAUCCCUGUAGACGAACCAGAUCAAGCAGAAGAAGGUGCAGCUGUCGAGGGAAAAUCUCUUUAUAAGAAACGGAUUGAAAACCCUUUCCAGACGAGUCCAAUCAGAGAAGCUGAGCCGGUUAUUCCUACCAACAUAAACAAAGAGCACAGAAGACGAGAAACAAAAGAGGGAAAGACUUCAGUGCCAGGGAGGAAGGAGCGAGCCAGUCACCGCUCCAAAUCGUGGGACCCGCAUCGAGCAAAAGCAGGAGAGCAUGCAGGGAAAUCCCCUGCGUCUGAAGACAGGUACAACUGUUUCAAUGAGAGGGAUCUUACCCCUAAUAAUGUGCUCCAACCAGACACAAAGCUCAGCAGAGAACUGCCGCUCGACUACAGCUCAGCCUACCCACAGAGCAGUACACUCCGGAUAGACGACAAGGUCCGACAUCAGAGGGAGGGCAAGGAGAGCUGGGAGAGAGAAAACAGACCAGGUCAGGAGGCAGAGUUUGGUGCUGUUUCAGACCAAAAUCAAACUACGAAUAACGGUCGUUCUGAUAUCCAACAAUACUCCAAUAGUAAUGUGAUCCGUCCUACCCAUCCCUAUGAACCUGUCAUAAACCACUCAUAUGACCAAACUCUGCCCUGGCCAAGGCCUCCUCUACAGCGGAAACACUCCCUCAGACUCUCCAACCCACAAAGGGAGGAUAUCCAAAGACCGGACGAACUCCUUUCACAUCAGCAGACCCGUGAAACUACAGCCACACAGGAACAACAGGAGGUAAGACCUUUUGCCAUCCAUAACAGAGAGGGGAGUAUCAUGAGCCAAGGAGAAAGGACGGAUCUGAUAGCUGAUAGAGCACCCUCCAUAACGGACACUGAUGGCUUCAUUGAAGACGACUACAGACUCUACAGGAGAGUAGAGGAACAGGAGGAGGAAGACGCCUGCAGCUCCUUGUGUCUGAACGAGGAGGAGGGAAUUGAUGAUGUGUAUCAAACAAGUUUAGGGGACUCCCGUGACCAAAGGUUGGUUUACCGUUGCCAUGAUUCAGAUGUACGGUAUCAGGGAACCAACCGUCACUAUUACAACUCUGACCUUCACCAACCACAAGCUGCCUCAGUACAAGGCUCAAGGGAUUUCAAAGAAACCAAAAGGGACGUUUCCCUCAGCCCCACCAGACCUGGAGAGACCAGCUGGAGACUCCAUCAGAGGACUAGAUCAUCAGGAACACCGAGUGAAACCAGCCUCAGGCGAGGAACACUGAUUCAGGGGGAUGCACAACGUGAGGUCAACCUUGAUUUGGAAACACCUGAAGUUGCAGACAGCAGCAUCUUUGACUACUGCCAGACUAGCGAGAUGGAGUCGGACACAGAGACCGUCCGCAAGUCAGCCGAUGAGGGAGAUGGGGAAUCUGCACACUGGGCAGCUGAAGUGGAGGAAGUGCGGGACGAUGAGUUUGACGAGACAGGCGAUCCUCAGAGCCACAGAGCUGCUCUGAGCAUGCCCAGUGGAGCCAGAGGAGCAGACGUUGGGGAGGCAGUGGAACUGUUAGAGAACCAGAGCAUCACGGGAGACAGUGGCAUAGAUUCUCCUCGGACCCGUGUCAGUCUGGCCUCCAGCAACACGGUCAUCCUCGAGGGUCUCAAGAGAAGAGGCUUUUUACAAAACCUGGAGAAACUGCAUUCAAAGAGCAGCACCAUCCGACCACAGAGCUCACUGCUUCAGUUAACUCCUGUCAUGAACGUUUAACAGAUGUGCUUUAAUACUCAGCUCCAUGCAAUCACAAGCAUAUCCAGUAACAUCUAUUCCCAUGUUGAUAGUGAUAACAGCUAGGGUAUGUGUACAGAUGUAGAAUAUAUAUAUAAAUACGUUUUUCUUUCUGUAAAUAAUUUUAAAGGUAUUAGCUUUGAUUUCUGUAUUCAUUGAGUACUUUGUUUAUGAUCUGUUACUUGCAUGGUGUACUGAUCUAAUGUUUUGUGAUAUAAGUGUACAGUUAUCUUUCUCUACUUGAUACAUUUGUGAAAAUUUUCAAAGCAUUAACAUCUCAUUUAACUGUCUCUUUUCAUUUAUGGUGUAGCAGUUCAUAAAAUAAAACUGUGUAUUUCAA